CUCAACUAACUCAAUCAAGAGCAAGCAUACAAGCAAGCAAGCAACCCCAACAGAAACAUCCGAAAGCAUGAGUCAAGUGCUGCAGCACUCGAGCGUCUUCACAUUUGUGAAGGGCGAAAGCAAGGGCGAUGGCAGCAUGAAGUCGCUGCUGGGUGGCAAGGGUGCCAACCUGUGCCAGAUGGCGCGCAACGGCGUGAACGUGCCGCCCGGACUGACCAUCACGACGGAGGUGUGCCAAGAAUUCUACGCAGUGGGCGGACGCCUGCCAAACGGCCUGAUGAACGAGGUGCACAAUGGCGUGCGUCUGAUGGAGAAGGCGCUGGGUGUGACGUUCGCUGACGUGACGAACCCGCUGCUGGUGUCGGUGCGCUCGGGCGCGGCCAUCUCGAUGCCAGGCAUGAUGGACACAGUGCUCAACCUGGGUCUAAACGACGAGAUCGUCGAGGGGGUGGCCAAACGCGGUGGUGACCGCUUCGCAUACGACUGCUAUCGUCGCCUGCUGCAGAUGUUCGGCGACGUAGUGCUCGAGAUCCCGCACGACGACUUCGAGGCUGAGCUGUCGGCCAUGAAGCAAGAGCGUCACGUGACGUUCGACGUGGAGCUGACCGCCAGCGACCUAAAGGAGCUGGUGCAGACGUACAAGAAGGUGUAUGAGAAGCACGGCAAGUCGUUCCCGUCCGACCCAUGGGAGCAGAUGCGCAUGGGCAUCGAAGCCGUGUUCCGCUCGUGGAACAUCCCGCGCGCCGUCAAAUACCGUGAAAUCAACAAGAUCACAGGUCUCAAGGGCACGGCUGUGAACGUGCAGGCCAUGGUGUACGGCAACAUCAACGACCAGUCGUGCACAGGUGUACUGUUCACGCGUAACCCGGCCAACGGCGAGAACAAGCUGUACGGCGAGUUCCUGUUGAACGCUCAAGGUGAAGACGUGGUAGCAGGCAUCCGUACGCCGCAGCCCAUAUCGGAGCUGGCGGAAAAGAUGCCGGUCGUGUACAAGGAGCUGGAUGAGACGGUGCACAACCUGGAGACCCACUUCAAGGACAUUCAGGACACGGAAUUUACCGUGCAGGACGGCGUGCUGUUCAUGCUGCAGACGCGCAACGGCAAGCGCACGGGUCCUGCGGCUCUGAAGAUCGCCGUGGACAUGUGGCGUGAGAAGCUGAUCACGGAGGAGGAGGCUGUGAUGCUGGUGGAGCCACGACACCUGGACCAGCUUCUGCACCCGAGCUUCGCCAACGAGAAGGCGUACCAGAAGGACGUACUAUGCCGAGGUCUGCCGGCGUCACCGGGUGCGGCUGUGGGCAAGAUCGUCUUCACGGCGGCAGACGCAGAAGCGUGGUUCGCACGCGGCGAGAACGUGAUGCUGGUGCGUGAGGAGACGUCUCCGGAAGACGUCGGUGGCAUGCACGCUGCCGAGGGUAUUCUGACAUCGCGUGGUGGCAUGACAUCGCACGCUGCUGUGGUGGCUCGAGGCUGGGGCAAGCCGUGCGUGUGCGGCUGCAGCGCGCUGUCGAUUGACGCGAACACCAAGACGAUGCGCGUGAGCACGGCGGAUGGCGCCGAGGUGGUUUUGCGUGAGGGAGACUACAUCAGCAUGAACGGUACGACAGGCGAGGUGGUUCUGGGCAAGCAGGAGCUACAGAAGGCUGUGAUGAGCGGAGAGCUGGAGCAGUUCAUGAAGUGGGUGGACGCGCACCGCCGCAUGGAGGUGUUUACGAACGCAGACACGCCCGAAGACGCUCGCGAGGCCCGUGCGCAUGGCGCACAGGGUAUCGGCCUCACGCGCACGGAGCACAUGUUCUUUAGCUCUGCGCAGCGUAUCGCUGCCGUGCGUCGCAUGAUCGGUGCUGUGGAGCUGGACUCUCCGGCGCAGCAGGAGGCUCUGGAUGCUCUGUGUACGUUCCAGAAGAGUGACUUCGAAGGCAUCUUCCGUGCCAUGGACGGUCUUCCAGUGACCAUCCGUAUGCUGGAUCCGCCGCUGCACGAGUUCCUGCCGCACGAGGGCAGUGCUCUUGACGAGCUGUGCGCGACGCUGGCGCAGGAGAUGACGGUGAGCAAAAAGACGGUGGAGUCACGUCUGGCCAGUCUAAAGGAGGCAAACCCGAUGAUGGGUCUGCGUGGCUGCCGGCUGGGCAUCGUGCACCCAGGUAUCACGGAGAUGCAGGCGAAGGCCAUCGCAGAGGCCGCCGUGACGAUGGUGGGCGAGGGUAUCGCGGUGCAUCCGCACAUCAUGAUCCCGCUAGUUGGCUCGAUCGAGGAGCUGGAACAGCAGGUGAAGCUGGUGAGGUCGGUGGUGCAGGACGUGAUCGACAAGCACGGCAAGUCGUUCGACUACAAGGUUGGUACAAUGAUUGAGGUACCGCGUGGCGCGCUGCAGGCCGGCAGACUGGCCGAGGUGGCGGAAUUCUUCUCGUUCGGCACGAACGACUUGACGCAGAUGACGUUCGGCAUUUCUCGCGACGAUGCGCAAGCCAAGUUCCUCUCGUACUUCGUGAAGCAUGGCCUGCUGGAGAAGGAUCCGUUCGAGACGCUGGACCAGGAGGGCGUGGGCGAGCUGGUGCGUCUGGCCGUGGGGCGUGGCCGCGCGACGCGUCCUGAGAUCGAGCUGGGUAUCUGUGGCGAGCACGGUGGAGACCCGCAGUCGAUCGAGUUCUUCGAGAAGGUGGGCCUCAAGUACGUAUCGUGCUCUCCGAUGCGCGUAAUGAUCGCUCGUCUGGCGGCUGCGCAGGCGGCUCUGAAGCUGAAGAAGAGCUCGCCCGUUCCCGGUGCUUAAGGGGUCGAUUGACACCACUAUUUGGAGGUG